AAUCAUAUCCUGACUUUCUUGCAAACCGCCUCUCAUAUCUCUCCCCACUUCUAUCUUUCCAUCACUCUCCCUUUCUCCUUACUCUCCCUUUCUCUCUCUGUGCUUCAUUACUCUCCUCUACCUCUUUUCUUCCAGUUUCUCAUAUCGUCCACAAAGUCAUAGAACCACUUACCCACGCGUCUGUCCGUCCACCUCCACACAUAUGUGUACACACAUAUAAACAAACUUUAGAAUAUCGCCUUUUAAGACAUGUGACAUUACUUGUAAACAUCCAAAGCUAAUUGCAAUUUUGUGGGCAGGUAAACAAAAGGAAAAUAACACUGAUUAAUUGGAUUAGAAGAGUUCAAGUGAACGACAAAAUAAGACAUCUUUUACCGGUGUUCCUUAUUUCUGUAAAUUGCCAUUAUUAUUUAUAUCUUAACAACAGUAAUAAUAUAAUUACUAACAUAAUCAGUUAUUUUAUUAAUAAUAUCUUAACAUCAGUAAUAAUAUAAUUACUAACAUAAACAGUUAUUUUAUUAAUAAUAAUUAAUUUACGUAAAUUAUUUUGCUUUUUUUAAAGCUAAGAUUUUAAGAAUAUAACAUAAGACAAUAUAAGAAUAUUAACAAUUUAUUAAUAUUAUUCUUCAAUUGAAAAUUCUUGGUUCCUGUAACAGAAAGAGAAAGAGAGAGCGAUAUAUAUAGAGAAGAGCGAGAAAGAGACGAAAUAUUCAAUAACGGAUAAAGAAAAAAGAAGGCUCCCAUCAAAGAAAAGAGUACCACGGUUAUCAAAGACGACGGAAAAUCUUAGAUUUCAAUAAAACUCCCAAAUACUUCCGAAACUCCAAUUUUCCCGCAACAGCAUAUCUUUAUCUCGCACCUCUGGUUUGCUUUCUGCUGAUGAGUCGAUAAUGUUGGCGCGCCAAAAUACAUCGAGUAACUUAUGGAAACUAACAGAUUCUAUGAAAUCGGAAUUUUCAGAAACUAAGAGAGAUUUUCCCACGUCGAAAGAUGAGGAUUUUCUGUCAGAUGACCAACAAGAACGUUUUCUCAUGUACUUACAGUGGGUGUGGCAUUGUCGGAAUCACACUGAUUACACCAAAACUGUAAAGACCAACAUCCCACAGGACAUAGACAUAAGCAAUGAACUCCUUGAGAAAUCAGCUGCAGGUGAUGUACAAGAAGUGGCUCGCUUACUUCGAGGUUAUAAUGGACACAGGUGUAGAAGUGAUCUGCAGACAAACGGAGGCCACACUGCUGCUGACAUUGCCAAAAUAUGGAGUAGAAAAAGAAUUGCUUCUAUACUGAGUAACGAGAGCUCAUCCCCGAGAUCAUCGAUUUCUAACGAGAGCAACAAACCUCUUAUAGAAAACCUGGAGAAGAAACACGUUUCCUUCAAUGUCUUACAACGCUGCUCAGACAAACGGAAAGAUCUUCUAUGGCUGGAUACCAAGAAGAAGGACGUCAGCACUCAAUUCCUUUUAUUUUCAGAUCUUCAAAUCUAUGUUUCACCAGAAAAACAAUCUAACGACGAUACACCUCAGAGACAUCAACUAAUCGCGGCUAGUUAUAAAGAUAUCGAUUUUUUUUUGAACGAAGAAAAAUCAUUAAACAUCUUUUUAGGAACGGAACCACUUCAGACGAAAAACGAACAAUCAAAGAAAGACCGUGCAUGGUUCGCUAUUGAUGUGUCUUCGAUGGACAAAGAUAAACUUGAGAGUAUCUUGCCCAAUGGUCACUUCGUAUCACCUUUCCCUGCUUUUUUGAAUUUGAAUGAAUACGAGAGGUGUAUCUUUUCUGAAGCUUGUUCGUUGAUUUUGUGGCACAUGGACCACCAAUUCUGCCCCACCUGCGGUUGCCGAACGAUCCCGGAAGACGCCGGACUUAAACGAGAAUGCACUAACGGAAAAUGUUUGAGUCGAUCAGGUUUAUUGAAUACGAACUACCCACGUGUGGACCCUAAUGUUGUAGUUCUUGUCGUCAAUUCUUCCCAAACUCACUGUCUGAUGGGGCUCAAGAAAAAUUUCCCCUCCAAUAUGUUCUUCUGUGUCUCUGGUUAUAUCGAACCUGGUGAAUCAAUUGAAGAUGCAUGCACGCGAGAAAUAUUGGAACAAGUGAAUCUCGAUGUUGUGAAAGUUGAAUAUCAUUCUAGCCAACCGUGGCCAUACCCUGUGGUACUCCUGGUCGGGUGCACUGUUCAUGUGGCAACCGAAGUUGUUAAGGUUAACGAAGAAGAACUAAAAGAUGCCACUUGGUUCCAUUUCUCCGAAGCUGAACUCAUGAUUAAAGGCAAACACGAAGACGGUUACAAAGUACCAUCUAAACAAACACUAACUUACCAACUUCUAGAUUCCUGGUUGGAAACUCAUAGGGAUGAGUAAAAGAAUCGAUGAUACGAAAGAAUUUCGAGGAAAAUUUUCUAGAAUCAAAAUAAUGCUGUUACCGGUUAAAGAAUGUGAUAUGAAGAAGAGGAAGAAGGAGGAAAGAAAAUAUCAAUAGAUGGAUAUUACGUGAAUUUUACUCCUUAAAUCUUAGAGGGUCAAUUGUAAAGCCGACGGUGAAACACGAAAUGAGAAAUCUGGUUCUUAACUUACAUACAUGUCUGCAUACAUACAUUCAUACCUACAUACCUACAUACAUGCAUACAUACAUGCAUGCAUACAUACAUACAUACAUGCAACUUGCAGGCAUAAAUACACAUAAUACACACAUAUGCAGGCACA